AAAAAAAAGACAAGCUACUGUUCGUUCGCUUUAAAACAUUUCCCUUUUUAUAAACUGCUGACUUUUUUGAGACAGGGUUUCUCCAUGUAGUCCUGGCCUACAUAAACAAGGCUGGCCUCUAACUCAGAACAGCUUGCCUUCGUGUACUGAGGGCUGGGAUUAAAAGCUGCAUCACCACCCCCAACUCAAAAUACUUCUUGAACAAUAAAGCCUUAGCUCCUAAAUUCCUGGGUGUGCCAGACAUGAAGGCUGAUUGCUGUAAUUCCAGCACGGGUGGGGAGAUCAGGGCAAAGAUAGGAUUGCUACAAGUUUGAGGCCAUUCUGAGCUGCAUAAUAAAUUCCAGUACAGCCUGGACUAGGAAGCGCAACAGCCUGGCACAGUGGUUAAAGGCACCUGCCGGCCAAACCUAACGACCUGAGUUGGACCCACCAGGGUCUACACAGUAAGAGGAUUGACUCCUUACUGCUUAAUGAUUGAUGUCAGCAUGCUGUGGAAUGCUCUUAACCACUGAAGGGUAGAUGGAUGUCUGGUUUAAAUCGUUAAAUUCCCUCUCUUGUAGACGGAGGGCAACGUGAAGACAAAUCACAUAAUCUAACAAACUGAGGUACACAUUGGUUACUACAACCAUAUGAACUCCAUGGAUUUAUUAGCCUCCUGUCUUAACAGGAUGUUGCUCACGCUUCUGAAGAUUCUUUUGAGUACUCGCAGAAAACAAGGGUUUUUAGGUUUGUUUAUGCUCUAUGGGGAGGGAAUUUCAUGGGGGCCAGAGGCCAACAUUGGGUGUCUUCCUCGGUCAAGUUUUCUCUCUUGAAGCAUGGGGUCUCACUGAGUUUAAUGUUCACAGAUUCAGCUAGACUGGUUGACACUCAAGCCCCCUCUGGUCUUUGUCUCUCCAAUGUGCUGGGACGAGAAGCAUGCUGUGCCCUGUUUUUAUGUGGGCGCAGGGAACUCAAGUCGUCAUUCAAUGAACACCGGUGAACUGAACAGAGGGGCUUUUUGUUUUUUUUUUUUUUGUUUGUUUGUUUUUUUUAUUUUUUUCCUUUUUCUUUUUUUCGGAGCUGGGGACCGAACCCAGGGCCUUGCGCUUCCUAGGCAAGCAAGCGCUCUACCACUGAGCUAAAUCCCCAACCCCGAGGCUUUUAUUUUUUAAACUAGGCUUCUUGAUCCUCCUGCCUCAGCCUCCAGAUGACUGAGAUUAUGGGUGUGUGGUACCACAUCCUACUGGAAAACAAGUGCUCCCGGGGAGUAUUUGCUGAGUCAGGUUGUAUGAGACAAUGGCUUUUCAAGUUGCUUCUGAGUGUCUGGCGUUUCCUGCAUUGUUGUCUUGAAGCAGGACAUAGAUCUGAUUCCCAGUAAAGAUAAUAUACUUAUCUUGACAAAGGCCAGCUGUUUAUGCCAGAGACUGGAAUUUUUUUUCCAUUUAGAACCCUUAGACUAAUGCUGACUGGAAACAAGAGUUUUUAUGAGGCAGAGUUUCUCUGUGUAAUAGUCCUGGUUGUUUUAAAAACAACUCUGUACACCAGACUGACCUCGAACUCAUAGAGAUCGCCUAUCUCUGCCUCCUAAGUGCUGGGAUAAAAGGCGUGAGCCAUCACACCUGGCUGGAAAUUACUUCAAUUUUUAAAAUUAAAUAACUUGUUUCUUGUAUUUAAUAUUGGAGGUUGAACCCAGACCUUUUACAUACAAGCCAUGAGUUUCGCCCUAGUCUCUCUGCCCUAUUUCUUUAAAAAAGUAAAAAUAGAAUCAAGCAAUAGACAACAACGUGAGGAGUUGAGAUGGGAAACUCUGUUUGGGUUUUUAGACCCUUCUGUCUUGAUUCUUUGCUAGUAAAAUCUACCCUCGAAUAUUUAGUAAAGUGGCUCUUUGGGUCUCUGCUCAAAAUUUCUAUAAAUUGGUGCACUUAAAAAGUACCCACAAUUCCUAGCAGGAAAGGCACGCUCUGACGUUGUGGCUGCGGAUUGGUUGUUGGUGCUGCCACCCGUAGUUGAGCGGGAAGCUGAGAGCAGGCGGUCGCCAUGAUUGCCUUUGGGGCUCCUCGACCCAGAGGCUUCAGACUUCUUUUCUCCUUGACUCCACACCACUUCUUCCUGUUUUUAAUUGGGACCCUGGCCAACAAACUUAAUGUACCUCAAGUGUUACUACCCUUCAGCCGGGAGCCAGGCCGCGUACCCUUCUUGCUGGAGGCUCAGCGGGGCUGCUACAUCUGGCAUUCCACUCAGCAUGAUGCAGUUGCCAUACAGCCUUUAUACGAAAAUGGCACCUCUUGCUCCCAAAGGGCAGUUCUUGUUGCUGAAUCCACCCAACCGAUACGACUCAGCAGUAUUAUUCUCGCUCGAGAAGUGGUGACAGACCAUGAGCUACGCUGUGAUGUUAAGGUCGAUGUGAUAGACAACAUUGAGAUUGUUUCUCGAACCCGGGAGCUGUACGUGGACGAUGCACCACUGGAACUUAUGGUGAGGGCCCUGGAUUCUAAAGGAAACACAUUCAGCACUCUGGCGGGCAUGGUGUUUGAGUGGAGUAUUGCUCAGGACAAGGAGUCAUCAAGAGAGGAGCUGUCUAGCAAAAUUAGAAUUCUGAACUACUCUGAGGCUGAGUAUUCUCCCCCUGACUAUAUAACUGAGAUGGAAAAGGAAGAGAAACAAGGGGACGUGAUCUUGGUGUCUGGGAUGAGAACUGGAGCUGCUGUUGUAAAAGUGCGAAUUCACGAGCCGUUCUACAAGAAAGUGGCUGCAGCCUUGAUCCGCCUGCUUGUUCUGGAGAACAUAUUUCUUAUACCAUCCCAUGAUACAUAUCUCUUAGUAGGAGCCUAUAUGAAAUACAGAGUGGCAAAAAUGGUUCAGGGAAGAAUGACAGAGGGAAAAUUUCCCCUGGAACAUUACACGCUGGAGCUGCAAGACCACAGACUUAUAGAUGUUGGGCUUCGUUCUGGAACAGUGGCUCUAUUGGAUGAGAAAACAGCCAUGGUGACAGCUCUCCAACUGGGCCAAACUAACCUCGUCUUUGUGCACAAAAAUGUUCAUAUGCGCUCUGUGUCUGGACUCCCAAACUCUACCAUAUAUGUUGUAGAGCCAGGAUUUUUAGGUUUCACAAUCCAUCCCGGAGGCCGGUGGAGUCUAGAGGUGGGGCAGGUGUACAUCAUCACAGUGGAAGUGUUUGACAAGAGCAGCACAAGGGUCUACAUUUCUGAUAAUCUCAAGAUCACGUUCCAGUUUUCUAAGGAGUACUUUGAAGAGCAGCUGAGUACUUUAAAUGGAUCUUACCACAUGGUAAAGGCCCUGAAAGAUGGAGCUGUGGUGAUAAAUGCAAGCCUGACCUCCAGCCUUUGGGAGAGCAACAGUUCCCAGCCUAAAACCUAUCAAAUCAAUCACCAACAAGAAGUGAAGAUUUACUUUCCCAUUCAACUUAAACCCAGCUUUCUGGCAUUUCCCCAUUAUCCUCUGGGAAUAUCGAAUCGAUUCACAGUUCAGGUAGAGGGUGGUAGUGGCAACUUCACCUGGAGUUCUUCUAACGAAACAGUGGCCAUGGUUACCACCAAAGGUGUGGUAACCGCAGGUCAGGUGAGAGGAAACAGCACCAUUUUGGCAAGAGAUGUACAAAAUCCUUUUCGAUCUGGAAAUAUUAAGGUGUAUGUCAUGAAGCUGAACAAAAUGGAACUGUUACCAUUUCAAGCUGAUGUGGAAAUAGGCCAGAUUAUUGAGGUGCCCAUUGCAAUGUAUCAUGUAAAUACAGAGACCAAGGAGGCCAUCGCAUUCACAGACUGCUCGCACUUACCCCUCGAUCUCAACUCGGACAAGCAAGGAGUCUUCACUCUUUUUAAAGAAGGUAUUCAAAAGCCAGGACCGAUGCACUGUUCUAGUGUCCACAUAGCAGCCACGUCUCCGGGCCAUACUCUGGUGACCAUCAGUGUGACUGGACAUGAAGAGCACGUGUGGAGCAGUGCCACAUUUGCUGCUUACGAGCCUCUAAAGGCUCUAAACCCUGUGGAAGUGGCUUUGGUGACAUGGCACUCCGUGAAGGAAAUGGUAUUUGAAGGGGGCCCUCAUCCCUGGAUCUUGGAGCCAUCCCGAUUUUUUUUGGAGCUGAGCAUGGAGAAGGCAGAGGCCAUUAGAAUAACAGAAGUCCGGCUGCCAGCUAAGAGGAAGCAGAACCAGUAUGUCUACCGCGUCCUGUGCCUAGAGUUAGGGGAACAAGUUCUCACUUUACGGAUUGGGAAUCACCCGGGAGUCCUAAACCCUAGUCCCUCUGUGGAAAAGGUGCAGGUGCGCUUCAUCUGUGCCCAUCCUGCCAGUAUGUUGGUGACACCGAUGUACAAGGUGCCAGCUGGCACCCAGCCAUGUCCUCUGCCACAGUACAACAAGCAACUGAUUCCUGUGUCCAGUGUGAGGGACACGGUCCUGGAACUGGCAGUAUUUGAUCAGCACGGGAGGAAGUUUGAUAAUUUCAGCUCAUUGAUGCUAGAAUGGAAAUCUUCCAACGAGACGCUAGCCCGUUUUGAAAGUCCUAAGUCAGUGGAGAUGGUAGCCAGAGACGAUGGCAGUGGGCAGACCCGGCUGCACGGCCAUCAGAUCCUUGAGGUGCAUCAGAUAAAGGGGACUGUGCUCAUUGGAGUCAAUUUUGCUGGUUAUUCAGGGAAGAGAAGCCCAAAAGGGAUUUCCAACUCGCCAAGGUCCGCGGGGGUAGAACUACUCUUGGUGGAAGAUGUCACAGUCCAGCCUGAGAACGCCACCAUCUACAACCAUCCUGAUGUGAAGGAAGUAUUUAACCUUGUGGAAGGAUCUGGCUACUUUCUGGUCAACAGCAGUGAGCAAGACAUCGUCACCACCACUUACAUGGAAUCAGAAGGCUCGGUCCAGUUAGUUCCAGCACAUCCUGGAUUUCUAACCCUGAAAGUGUAUGACCUGUGCCUGGCCUACUUGGGUCCAGCAAUGGCCCAGGUCAGGGUGUCAGACAUACAGGAGGUAGAGCUGGAUCUGAUCGAUAAGGUGGAGAUCGGUAAAACCGUGUUAGUGGUUGUGAGGGUUCUUGGCUCUUCUAAACACCCUUUCCGGAACAAGUACUUCAGAAACAUGGAUGUCAGGCUGCAGCUGGCAUCUGCCAUUGUCACCCUGCGAUUAACGGAAGACCAGGAUGAAUACUCUGAAAACUACAUGCUCCGUGCUGUCACUGUUGGACAAACCACACUUGUGGCCAUUGCCACAGAUAGAAUGGGGAGGAAAUUCACAUCAGCGCCUCGGCACAUCGAGGUCUUUCCUCCAUUUAGACUCGUUCCUGAGAAAAUGACCCUGAUUAUCACUAACAUGAUGCAGAUAAUGUCUGAAGGUGGCCCUCAGCCCCAGUCCACCAUUCACUUCUCUAUCAGCAAUCAGACUGUAGCUGCUGUUAACAGGAGAGGGCAAGUUACAGCCAAAGUGGUGGGCACGGCUGUUGUACACGGCACCAUCCAGACAGUGAAUGAAGACACUGGCAAAGUCAUUGUGUUUUCCCAGGAUGAAGUCCAAAUUGAAGUUGUCCAGCUCCAGGCUGUUAGGAUCCUUGCGGCUGCGACCCGACUCGUCACAGCCACGGAGAUGCCAGUUUACGUCAUGGGAGUGACUAGUACCCAGACUCCUUUCUCCUUCAGCAAUGCCAGCCCCAUGCUCACAUUCCACUGGUCCAUGAGCAAAAGAGAUGUGCUGGACCUGGUACCCAGGCAUUCAGAGGUAUUUCUACAACUUCCGGCUGAGAACAACUUUGCCAUGGUUGUUCACACAAAAGCCGCUGGCAGGACCACGAUCAAGGUCACGGUCCGCAGUAAGAACAGCUCCUUCGGUCAGUUUGAGAGGAAUGUGCUCGAGCUGUCCGAUGAGAUCCAGAUCCUGGUAUUUGAAAAACUCCAACUUUUCUAUGCAGACUGCCAACGUGAGCAGAUUCUGAUGCCUAUGAAUUCUCAGCUCAAGCUACACACCAACAGAGAAGGCGCAGCCUCUGUGAGUUCCCGUGUUCUCAAGUGUUUCCCUAACUCCUCCGUCAUUGAAGAAGAUGGUGAAGGACUCCUGAGAUCUGGAUCCAUUGCGGGUACUGCAGUAUUGGAAGUCACUUCUAUAGAACCUUUUGGAGUCAAUCAAACAACUGUAACUGGAGUCCAGGCGACACCAGUGACUUACCUUCGGUUGAGCAGCUACCCCAAGCUAUACACAGCACAAGGAAGGACCCUGUCAGCCUUUCCUCUGGGCAUGUCUCUCACCUUUAUUGUUGAGUUUUAUAAUAACAUUGGAGAAAAAUUCCACACCCACAAUACUCGGCUUUAUAUGGCUCUGAACAGAGACGACUUGCUGCUUAUUGGACCAGGAAACAAAAACUAUACAUAUAUGGCCCAGGCUGUGAAUAAAGGGGUGACAGUUGUGGGUCUGUGGGACCAAAGACACCCCGGCAUGGCAGAUUACAUCCCUGUGGCUGUAGAGCAUGCCAUUGAGCCAGACACCAAGCUUAUCUCUGUUGGCGAUGUCAUCUGCUUCAGCACUCAGCUCGUCAGUCAGCACGGUGAGCCUGGGGUGUGGAUGAUUUCCACCAACAACAUCAUACAGACAGACACUGUCACUGGAGUAGGAGUGGCUCGGAGCCCAGGAACUGCAACAAUUUUUCAUGACAUCCCUGGAGUUGUGAAAACGUUCCGAGAGGUAGUAGUCAAUGCAUCAUCAAGAUUGACACUCAGCUAUGACCUGAAAACUUACCUCACCAAUACCCCCAAUGCAACUGUAUUCAAACUCUUCAUCAGCACAGGCAGAAGUGUCAACCUCAAAGGAUCCUGUACCCCAAGUCAGGCUUUGGCUGUUGAAAAAGUUCUUCUUCCUGAGACCCUCAUGCUAUGCCAUGUGCAGUUCAGCAAUACUUUACUAGACAUUCCAGCAAGUAAAGUCUUUCACAUUUACUCAGAAUUCAGCGUGGAGAAAGGGGUCUAUGUCUGCCUAAUCAAGGUUCGACAGGAGUCAGAGGAGCUGCGCCAGGUCCUGAGUGUGGCGGACACCUCGGUCUAUGGGUGGGCAACUCUGCUCAGUGAACGUGGCAAGAAUGGCAUGCAAAGAAUCCUCAUUCCUUUCAUCCCUGGCUUUUACAUGAACCAGUCCGAGUUUGUUCUUGGCCACAAAGACACCGGGGAGCUAAGAAUCCUGGGAGUGGAGAGAGUUCUUGAGAGCCUAGAGGUCUUCCACAGCUCCCCAUUUCUAACAGUCUCCGGCCAUAAGCAUUCUACCCUCACAACAAGCGUAACUCUCUACCUGAUACGCAUAGUCAACUUCACUGCCUUCCAGCAGAUGUCAUCACCUGCUUUCAUUAAUGUUUCCUGUGCACUGACCAAUCAACAUGAGGCUGUGGUAGUCAGAGCAAAAGAUGUAUCUGGUGCAGAUCACUGUGAAGAGUCAGGUGUCUUCAAGAAUUUCGUUGGUUCUUACCAGAUCCUGCUGUUUACACUCUUUGCUGUGUUGGCAUCCACUGCUUUCAUCUUCCUAGCAUACAAUGCCUUCCUGAACAAGGUACAGACUAUUCCAGUUGUUUAUGUGCCAACAAUAGGACCGACUCAGCCAGGUAAGGACUGCCCGCCCUCCUUCCCAGUUCACGUCUGUCUGUCUCACUCACCUGCCUUCACUAUUUUGCUUUUUUUUCUAGGUUCCUAUACAGCCACCUGUUCUCCCCCUCACUUCCUGAGCUCACAGCCACCACUAGUGCAGAGUCGGCUACAACACUGGCUGUGGAGUAUAAAACACUAACCUAGACAGGUCCCUUCAACUGUCCUAAUCCUGCAGAAGUUUAGUAGCUAACUCUACAAACUAAACCUCCAAAACAAGUUUGUAGAACCUAUAAAUAAAGGCUCAUCAGUGGUUAAGUCA